AUGCAAAACGAUUGGAUUAACAUUAAGUGCAUCAGACAGGAAAUAAAUGAUUUCAAAUGGCUUCCAUCAAAAAAUGCAAGAAUAUGCAGUGACCAUUUCUGUAAUAAAGAUUAUAAGGGUUAUGAUGGAGAAAGGAAGGUAAUGCUGAAGAAAGCGUUACCAUGUUUUCAAGACAUUAAGAAAGUAAUCUUGUCAUACCUGUUCAAUAAUUUUAAUAAGAUUGUUUUAAAUAACUAUUCUCAAUGUCAUUUUAUUAACACUACAUUAAAGGGUGGCUACAAAACAUUGAUGCAAUAUUCCGAAAUUAGUAAAUAUACGAUCGUAACUUUUGACUUGGGCGAUAAAAAAUCACCCUCCAAUUUUCCUCCGGAAGUAAGCUCCUUGUUCGACCGUCAAAAAUGA